UCAAAAUACACGAAAAAUUUAAAUGAAGUCAAUGUAAAAUACAAUAAAAUGUCAUUCCACAAUCGAAAUACUGAUAGACGUAGAGAAUUUAAAAAUAAACGAAAGCCAUGGGGUAACAAUCGUGAUAAAUUCAAUUUUAGUGAAUCGCAAUCGUCUUUACAAUCAAAUGAUGGGGAUAGUUUUCACGGAGAAUCGUCAAAUUCACAACGAAAUUCACACAGACAUCCUCCGGGUUUAAAGGGGAAAGAAAUUGGAUUGUUCUAUGCACGAAGAAAUAAGAAAGCGCGAGAGGCCGAAGAUCAUGCGACGCGGAUCAAAAUAUCGGAUAAAAUACAAAAAGAAAUUAAUACUUUAUUGAAAGAUGUACAAUUUCCAGACGAUUUUCAAAGUAAUAAUUACGAUCAAAUUAAUGAUUCACAAUUCAAACGAUUAUUCUUACAAACAAUAUCAACAACAUUCGAUGAAAAAUUGGAAAACGUGACGCUUUCCGAAUAUUUAGAACGUGAUGAACAACUCGAUGAUGUUUUAAAAAAUGAAUUUAUAUCGAAAAUUGACUCAGAGGAUCCAAAAUAUCAAGAAUUAUUGAAUUUUAGAAAACAGUUACCGGCGUAUAAGUGUAGGAACGAAAUUUUACAAUUAUUAGAUAAAAAUCAAGUUAUAUUAAUUAGUGGUGAAACGGGUUGUGGUAAAACGACCCAAGUACCACAAUUUAUACUCGAAGAUGCUAUUAUGAAAGGAAAUGGAUCAGUAUGUAAAAUUAUUUGUACACAACCGACUCGUAUUAGUACAAUUUCAGUUGCUGAACGAGUUGCUACCGAAAUGAAAGAAAAAGUUGGUACUGGAUCUGCAGGAUAUUCAAUACGAUUAGAAAAGAAACAUGGUCGUGAUAAAGGUUCCAUUUUAUUUUGUACAACGGGUGUUAUUCUACAACAAAUUCAAGGCAAUCCCACAUUACAGGGUAUUUCUCAUUUAAUAAUGGAUGAAAUUCAUGAACGUGAUAUUCAAUGUGAUAUACUUUUAACAUUACUGAAAAAAGUGAUAAAAAAACGUUCUGAUUUAAAAAUAAUUUUAAUGAGUGCCACAUUAAAUGCACAAAGUUUUUCAAAAUAUUUUAACAAUUGUCCCGGUAUAAAUAUACCAGGUUUUACGUAUCCCGUUACGGAAUAUUUUCUGGAAGAUGUACUUGAAUUAACACAAUUUGAGUUUCAAGAAUCCAAUAAAAAAGUAAAACCAUGGAUGACACAUGCAAGGAAAAAUCAAGACAGUGAAGAAAACGUUUUUGCUCAUUUUAUUGAACCUCAUGUUCGACAAUUGCAAGCGGAAGGAAAAUAUUCAGCGAAAACGUUAAAUAAUCUGAAAAAUGUAAAUUCGGAGAAACUGAGUUAUGAGCAUAUUGUGGAAUUAAUUAAAUAUAUCGUACUUAACAAACCAGUGGGAGCAAUUUUAGUUUUUUUACCGGGUAUUUCAGAUAUUACAGGGGUUCAUAAAUUAUUACAAAAUAAUCCGUGUAUUUCUCAAUCCGAUAUUGUAAUUCCAUUACAUUCUAAGUUACCAACUGUCAAUCAGAAAUUAAUUUUUGAAAGACCCCCGCCUGGAAUACGAAAAAUCAUUCUAGCCACGAACAUUGCAGAAACGUCAAUUACAAUCGACGAUGUUAUUUAUGUUAUUGAUCCGGGGAAGAUUAAAUUAAAAAAGUAUGACGUACAAAAUGAUAUUGAAACGUUAAAAUCUGAAUGGGUUGCUUUAGCAAAUGCUAAUCAACGCCGAGGACGUGCUGGACGGGUUCAACCGGGGCAUUGUUAUCAUUUAUAUUCAAAAGCUCGUCAUAUGUCGUUAAUUAGUUAUCAAUUACCCGAAAUUUUACGUAUUCGCUUAGAUGAAAUUAUUUUACAGUUAAAAUUCCUUCAAGUUGGAAAAAUUGAACCGUUUUUAUCACUUUUUAUGGAUACACCAAAUCAAAAUUCAAUACGGAUUUCAUUGAAUUUAUUAAAACGUUUAAAUGCUUUAGAUGAUGAUGAAAAUUUAACGCCAUUAGGUUAUCAUUUAGCGAAAUUACCAACAGAUCCUCGAAGCGGUAAAAUGAUUUUGCUAGGAGCAAUGUUUAGUUGCUUAGAUCCGAUACUAUCUAUAGCAGCAUCGUUAGCGUAUAAAGAUGCGUUUGAAUUACCGUAUGAUAAAGAGAAAAUAUUUAUGGAGCGUAAAAAUGAGUUAAGUAAUGAUACGUAUAGUGAUCAUUUAGUUUUGGCUGAAGCAUUUCGUGGAUGGGAACAAUGUCCAAUUAAUCAACAGAGAAAUUAUUGUUAUAAUUAUUUUUUGAAUAAUCGUACAUUAAUCUUGUUGAGAGAUAUGAAACGAGAAUUUGCUCAAAUGUUACAUGAAAUGAAAUUUUUACCAAGUUCGAAUCCAAAAGAUACAAGAUUUAAUUAUAAUUCAUGUAAUGAUAGUUUAUUGAAAGCUAUUAUUUGUGCGUCUUUAUAUCCAAAUGUUGCGAAAAUCAGAUCUUGUAAAGUAGUAAGAAAUCAAUCAAUUGUAAGAAUUCAUACUCAAGAAGAUGGUAAAGUAUGUUUAUUUCCUUCAUCAAUCAAUUCAGUUCAAGCAAGAUUUCCAUCACCAUAUUUGGUAUAUCAUGUCAAAUUAAAAUCAUCAGCUAUUUUUCUUCAUGAUACAACAAUGGUACAUCCGUUUCCAUUGUUAUUCUUUUGUGAUAAAAUUCAUACUAGACAGGAUGAAAAUUGUGUAAUUUUAAAAAUCUCAGAUUUAAUGCAAUUCAAGUGUAAUGAUAAUGAAGCUGAA